GCAUAUAUAUCAGGAUCAGGAGGAGGCAACAGCAAGAUGGAUGACUGGCGCCCGGGGGCCACCAACAUGCCGAUUAUGUCGCCGUCACCGUACCUCCUCAGCCGCUUCACCAGCAAUGUGCCGCUGCCGACCCUGUAUGCGGGCGAUGCGGCCCGUAAGCCGAAGCUCUCGGUGAUCGAGCUACUCCUGUACAACAUGGCCUCUCUGCUGGCGGGCGUGGCUGCUGGCUAUGAUGUCCGGAUGUCGAAUGUAUCGCCCGUGCAUCCCACUCUGCUCAGCGAGGUGCCCGCUCUGAAGGCGGCUCCCAAGGCAGCUGCGAUAGCGGCAGCAGCAGGAGGAGACUCACUGGCAACCGAGGAGGAGCCGAAGCACAGGUUGCAGGAGCAGGCCUUGGAACUGCUGGAGGUGGAUGCACAAUUACAGCAGCAGGAGAACAGGGAGAGCACGCCGCGAAAGCUGGCCGGCCAGGCGAGAUUUGGUGGCAUUGAGGCAGCGGUGGUAAGUAAGUCGCAGCCCACAUCCCUGGCCCGCCGCAUCGGUGGGAGUCAGCCAUACUACACGCCCGUGCAGCGGACGCCGCAACAUCAGAUGCACCAACAGCAGCAGGAGAAGCAGCUUCAGCUGCAGCUCCAGCACACACAGCUUCAGCAGCAACCGCCCCAAUCUGCCCUGGUGGAGGGCACCGGACUGGGGGGCAUUUAUGCCAGCACCCAGCCACCGACACCAUCGCCACGUCGCAAACUGAGCAAUAGCAAUAAUUUUGGUAGUGUCAACGCCAAUGCCAAUAAUCCACCCCAGCAGGCGGAUGUCUUUGAGGAGUUUCGCGUGGGCGGUGGCAUUGGUCCGCCGCCUCUGUAUGCGCCAGCGGAUUACCUAAGAAACGGGCCGAGUUACUCGAACGAUGGUGGUAACUACAGGAAUGGAUACUUUGGCUCCAACUACUUCCCCUACCGGCCGGAGCUGAACUACAGCUACGAGCGUGACUGCAAGUCGUAUCCGGAUUACUCCUACGACUAUAACCAUCGGCUGCCGGACUAUUAUGACUAUCAGUACGAGGCGCCAGUGGUGCCUGUGCCCGUGCCCGUGCCUGUUACCUUGCCUGCACCACCUUCCACCUGCCCCGGUAGUCUGCCCGUUCAAGCCCAGACCCGGACACCGCCGCCACGCGUCCCCCAAAUGGGUGUGAGUGCUGCCGGGCAUCGACGCACACCCUCGACUGUGUCCAACAAUUCGAAUGUGCUGCUGGAGCACGAGGAGCUGCUCUGCUAUGAUUACAACAACCUCAACCUGAAUGCGGACUAUGAGAGGGAGCGGGAACAGGUGGCAAUGCCCACGAAACAGGAAUUGUAUGCAGGCUCGCCCAAGCUGCUGAACCGAUUGAUUCACAGCCCCCUGCCGAUGACCAAGAGCAAGUAUGCCACGGCGGCGGUUACGAGGCCAGCUAGUCUGCCCUUCGAACAGCAUGCCUUGCAACUGGGCGGCGGCGGCUACCAGCAACAGCAGCAGCCGGUGGCUGGCUCUAUGGUUUCCUCAUUGCCACCGCCACUCGCUGUCACCACGGGCAGCGGUUGCCAGUCCAAGCUGCGCAGCUCCCUUAAGAAGUACAAUGGCGCUGGGAAUGGCUCCACCUCGUCGCAGCAGGGCACACCCACCAAUCCCACGCCACCGGACUCGCUGACCAGCGAUGACAGCUCCUAUUUGAGUGCCAAAGAGGGUUCCAUUGGUUCCCAGCACAGUCGAGUGCGUUUCAGUCCGGAGGCCUAUCUGGAUGCCAAUCCGCUGCCGUGCCUGGGUCGCCGGAUGACGGCGCCGGCCAUGCAAUUACCUCAACAGCAUCAGCAGCAACAGCAACAGCAGCAACGACGGCAGCGACAGGCCUCCAGCGGCAGCACACCAUCACCAUCGGCUUCCUCCUCCUAGCAGGCGCGUCUGGCGCUAACCCUUCAGUUGGCGCGCAGUCCGGGAGCGGACAUUGGGAGCGGUGGUCAGCUGGGCGCAGCUGUGGGUCUAACGUUGCAUCAGCAGCGCGUACCCUACCGCUGGUACUCGGGAGCACGUCGAUCCCGCUCGGCCCACUACGAGUACCGAUUGUGAGGAAGCAGCAGCGGAGAGAGAGAAGGCGAAAGUGAAAGCAAGCGAGAUGGCAAUGGUGAUCGGGCCAUAGGAGGAUCUGUGGAGUGGCUUCGGAGGAUCCCAUGAAGCAAUAAAGGUAAUUGUGCUCAGUUCUGAGCUUUAUCCUCUAAAUCUACAAGGCUUAAGCUCUUCCCGAAGAGAAUUCAAACCAAAAGCAGCAAGAACCGAAACAUAAAGCUGGGAAAUUGAGAAAUCGAUGAGCAGUGGAAAUCAAUAUUGAGCGCAGGAUCAACAAGGAGCACGCGUUUACCUCAACAAAUCGAGCAAAUGGAAUUCCAGUUAUUAUAUACAUGCAUAUAUAUACAUAUAUAUAUAUAUUGGGUAUAUAUUGGAUAUAUAUAUUGGAUCUUGUAGGAUAUGAAGCAAAAUCAAAGCGAGCAUGACGCCUGUACAUAAGAGAGUAGUCAAGAAAUAUCUAUAUAUAUAUAUAUACUUAUAUAUAUAUAUAUAUAUUUAUAAA